UUAUCUACUCCCUAACUUUCUUUUCGCCUUUUACUGUAUUUCAACCGCUAUGUCCGAGACCUACGACCAUAUCAUCGUCGGCGGAGGUCUAACCGGCUGCGCGCUGGCGAGUCGACUCGCCGAGAAAGACGAGUCGCUGCGCAUCCUAAUCAUCGAAGCCGGCUCCAACGCAGUCGACCAUCCUCUAACCAGUACUCCCCUGGCGUGCUUCGGGGCUCACCACUCGCCUUUAGACUGGGACUACACCACCGUGCCGCAGAAACAUCUCAACGACCGCGAAUGCUACAACAGUGCCGGCAAGGCCCUGGGCGGCGGCACUGCAAUCAACUACGGCACCUGGACCAGGGGCAAUGCCGCAGACUAUGACCUCUGGGCCAAGCUGGUCGGGGACUCGAGCUGGAGCUACGAGAGUCUACUUCCCUAUUUCAAACGCACGGAGACGCACUACGAUCCGAACGCCGACCCGGCUGUCCACGGCACCAGCGGCCCCAUCCAUAACACCAUCGUCGAACGCACGAGCCCUGAGCGCAAAUACCCCCUCAAGGAACCGGUUCGCUCAGCGUGGGACCGAAUCGGCGUUAAAUUCAACCCCGAUGCCAACGCCGGAAACCCCCUGGGACUAGCCCACUUCGGAGAGAACUGGCGCGAGGGACAGCGCCAACUCGCCAGCGAGGCGUACGGACUGUCGAAACGUCCGGGCGUCACCGUUCUCACCGACACGCUAGUUGAGAAGGUGAUUCUGACAUCGCAACGUGACUCGCAGGUCGCGACGGGUGUGAAAGUCGUAAACGGACCGGACUACCACGCCUCGAGAGAAGUGAUCAUCUCCGCAGGCGCAUACCGCACUCCGCAAGUCCUCAUGCUCUCGGGGAUCGGACCCGCCGAGGAGCUCGCAAAACACAAUAUCCCCCAGCUCGUGGAUGCGCCGGAUGUCGGCCGCCAUUUCCACGACCACUUCUGCGUCCCGCAGUGGUGGAAGCUGCGGCACCCCGAACAGGGUCUCUCGAUGGGGACGCCGCUCUGGACGAGCCCGGCGUACGGCAUGGGAGUGCCUUAUGAUUGGAACGUCACGCUGCAGACUCCUUCGGAUGAGUUGACACGAGCGUUCCAGCUAGACGAUGGAGAGGUUCCCGCGGACCAUCCGUACUUGAACCCGAACUUCGCGCACUCCGAGGUCCUGGUUAUUUAUGCGCCGAUGGGCCAGGCCGUGGCUGGGUUCGAGACCCCGAUGGAUGGCACGCACAUUAGCACGGCGGUACUGCUAAUGGCACCUACGGCGCGCGGCCAGAUCACCCUUGCCGAUGCCGACCCGGCGAGUGCGCCUGUAAUCGACCCGAAUUAUCUCGGGAAGGAAGUCGACCGGGCGAUUGUUAGGGAUGGGGUUCGAAGAGUAGCCAGGCUUCUUCUCGACACCCCUGAGGGUAAGGAUAUCGUGGAACAUGAGGUGACUCGACCGGAUAAUGUGCCUAUGAAGGCAGAUAUUACGGAUGAGGAGAUUGAUGCGAAUGUCCGCCGUGGAGGGAUUACCUUCUUCCAUCCUGGUGGCUCGGCGGCUAUGGGUAAAGUGGUCGAUACUCAACUGCGGGUGAAGGGCGUGAAGGGACUGCGAGUUGCGGAUGCCAGUGUCCUGCCAGUGCCUCUGGCGGCGCAUUAUCAGGCUAUCUUGUAUGCAAUGGCUGAAAAAGCGGCGGAUCUGAUUUCAGCUUAGAUGUCUUAGCGACUAGCGG